AUGCUGACUCGAGAUUCCUUUUCGGCUUUCCCAAAUCUUCUCUCGCUUGAAUUGGCUGGGAAUCGAAUCCGUCGAAUUGAAUGGGAUUCUUUUCGACUUUUUCGAUUGAAACACAUUUCAUUGAAAGAAAAUGGGAUUACGACCCUCAGCGAGAACAUUUUUCGUUUAACGCCGAGUUUAGAGGAGAUCGAUUUGAGCGGGAAUAAGCUUUGGCGUGUUCAAACGUCGGACUUUUCGUCAGCUCAACGGCUCAAAGUUCUAAACUUCUCCCAAAACUCGAUCCGUCAAUUCGACUUCGACUCUUUUGCUCCAUUUUAUCAGUUAGAGACUCUCGAUCUAUCGUACAACAAAUUCUAUACGCUCCCCAGCCGCGAGUUAAUGCCGUUGCUUGGAUUGCGGACGUUGAUUCUCAAGGGGAAUCCCGUUGUCGCACUUAAAGCCAAUCAACUUGUACUGCCCGCACCCUCGACAUCUCCUCAUCCUCCUUUACGAGUUCUAACCGCUCAUUCACUCUCGAGUCUUCCAUCAAUUCACACGAUUAUCCUCGCGAAUAACCCAAAUUUGACGAUUAUCUCACCAAAAGCGCUCGAGAAUAGCUCACUCGUUUUCAGCUUAGACAUCUCGAAUUGCUCUCUAAAAUCAAUCUCGAUGAAUCUAUUGCAGAGUGUUGCACAAGCACAGAUUUCGGGAAACCCGUUGGAUUGCGGCUGUGAGGGGAGCUCGUUGGAUCGGAUCUCGACAACGAUUGUCGAUUAUCCAGAUGUUGAAUGCUUAGAUCGAAAAGGAGAACUUUAUAAACUCUCCUCCGUCGCCUCGCCCCUAUUUUCCCUGUCCGAUCCUUGUCCACCCGAAGUGAUCCUACCAUUUGAUGAAAAUCUCUAUGCAAGUGUUGGAUCGACUUUUUCCAUCUAUUGUGCACCAAAGAAAGAAACUGAUCACCUCGAGUGGACAUUUCCAAAUGGAAGUGUCGUUGGUGGAGAAGAGAAUACGAAUCACGUCGAUUUCGAAGGCGUUGACUUUUUCUCUUCAACUCUUUACUCGCCGAACAAACAAAAGCCGAUUCGACCCAGAGUCUCUGUGACGAAAGAGUCCCUUCGUUUGGACGUUGUUCUACCCGUCGAUGCUGGUGUUUACGAAUGUUCAGUGUUCAGAGGGAAACAGAGAGCGACGAAAAGAGUCAAAAUGAUCGUUCGAACGCCGAAAAUCGAGCUCUUUUUGCAUGAAAUUGGUGCUCAUUAUGCAUCGGUCUCUUGGAAUGACUCACUUCGGAUCGAUGCGGCUGAUCGAGUGGCUUUGCAUCUGACAGUCACUGAUGAAACGGGUGCCCGUCAACGUGCCGUCCAAUUAUCUCUCCUUUCCCCGUGGCUUUCCUACAGUAUUCUCCGGCUACGUCCCAAUCACAAUUACACGUUUUGUCUAAAAUAUUCGCUCGUCGAACGACAACCGACGUUUGGAUCGAGCAUUUUGAGCAGUGAUGUUGAGGCAGCUUCUCCCCUCCUCGAGUCUUGUCUACUCGUUCGCACUCUUCCCUCAUUACCCUUCUGGGAGCAACUCUCCACCUCAACCCUUGUCCUCUUCUUGGCCAUCGCCUCGGCUCUUCUCGGUCUUUUCUGUUUUCACACACUCUUUGCUCGACUCCACGUAUGGCAGCAAGCAAAACACAGGUCUCGUCUCAACCAAUCAAUCUCCGGCCAAUCAUUUCUCUCUCACUCAUCCUCUGCUCACAGCGCUCACCCGCACACCUACGAAAAUGGAGUACCGAACUCUUCCUCUUCCCACUGCCAUCUUUCCUCAUUCCCCUCGAAUCGUCUCACCAAUCGACCGACAACUCUACGAAUAGUACAACAAGAUAUCGCUUUG